GGGAAUGCUGGGGCUCGACCGCAGUGUUUGGCAGGGCAGCUGCUUUACAGGUCAGGGCUUUCUGAAGCCUCGCGUCCAGGCUGGAGAGAUGCGGCUGCUGUUGUGGUUUCCUGGGGCUGGCGCUGUUAAAAGGAACUUACUGGGAUUUUGCUCGGGUGCGUGUGUUUUGGGGUCAUAUCGGGUUGCAGGGUUUUUGGUUCUGUGUGUUUUAUCCCGCAAAUUUGCCCCAUCACCAAACCGCACAGAGCGGGAGGGCUCGGAUGAGGUGCUAAACUGUUGUGGGAUGGGUUUGGUGAGGUGAAAAGGGGCUGAGAAGGGGCUCUACAGCCCUGGUGCUGAGAAACCCCCACUCCUCGGGCGCUGAGCAUCAGCUGAUGGUGCUUGUGUGGUAACGCGUGCCCACAAAGUGGGGUGCGGGUGUUGUCCCCCUGCUGUCAGUGCUGCCCCACGAAACACGAUGCAAAUGAGACUCGGCUGCUGCCAGGGCUGUAUUUGGGGUUUGAGGGUUUUUUUUUUUUGGCUCGAGGCUGAGCUCUGCAGCGGGUGCAUCGCGCCAGGCGGGGAACCGAACGGAAAACGAAAGUGAUGAUGAACAGAAAGGAGGGCAGAGCUCGGCACCCCACCCCCGCCCCCUGAGCCCCGUUAAAAAGGAGGCUGCCGGGGGCGCCGGGCUGAGGACCGGGACUGCUGCUCAAUAUUCACUUACAACUCCGCCGCUGCCGGCCCUGGACCGAAUCUGAGCGCGGGGAAUCCCGAUCUACCGGCUUCAUGAGCUCGCACCGAUGACUGGCAGGUAUGCAGUGAGCUAGGACAAGGCCACUCGCUCCAUGGCACCUCCUCCCUACGGCAUCAUCACCUUCUAAGACCUUCCCACUCAAUUGUGCCCCGCUCAAGCUGCUGCCAAAGAUGCCAACAGCCAACAGCCCAAAGGUGCCCCUGGGCAGCCUCCAGCAGCAGCUGGAGCUGCUCUUGGUCUGCUCCAAGUGCAGUGUGAAGGAGAAUGAGAUCACCUACCACCCGCAGGAGGUGGAGCACAAGUGCAUGUACGAGAUCCUGCUGGCGCGCUGCCGCAGCCGCCGGAGCACGGCAUGGAGGAAGGUGUCCCGGCGGCCCGGCUUCCCCAACCCGGCGCGCUACGCUGUCUGCAGGUACUACGUGAUGGGGCUGGGCUGCAGCAGGCACAAGAACCAGUGCACCUUUGCCUGGAGCGCGGAGGAGGCCAUGGUCUGGAACUUUGAGAGGGAACACCAGCUGGAGCGGCGCUGGCUGAAGGCGGCGGUGCUGCAAGCACAGCUGGGGGGCCGCCAUGCUGCCACCCCCCACCUCACUGCCAGCGCUGCCAGCGAGAUCACCAGUGAGUUUGGGGGGCACUUCCAGGAAAUCUGCAAGCAGUGCUUUUUUGGCCGCCCCCAGCGCAUCACAGUGGGUGGCUGUGGGUGGCUCUGCGAGUCCCACCACACCUGGGACCCGCUCUUGGUGCACGUGGUCCUGGACAGCCAGAGGAAGCAGCAGUACACGGCCAUCCGGCCCUGCCCCGAGUUCAUCGAGACGCUCUCCUACUGCCGGUUCGUGUCCCGGGGCAAGCCCUGCAGGCACGGCCCGCAGCGCUGCCAGUACGCCCACAGUGACGUGGAGAUGGCCGUGUGGGAGGCCGAGAGGGAGCGUGGAUUGCUGCGCUCCGACCUGCUGCCGUCCCUGGGCACCGGCAGCGCCCCCAGCAAGCCGGCAGCGCCUGAGCCCGUGUACUUCUACUGCCGCAUCUGCCUGGUGACCUGCAGCUCGCAGGAGAGCUUUGAGAACCACUGCUCCUCCAUCGAGCACGUGCAGAUGCUCUCAGCCGAUAGCUCCAUGCAGUGGGUCCACCGCGCACCACCGCUCGGGCUGACCAAGUUCUCACUGUGCAGCAGAGCGGAGGUGUGUGAAAUGGGGAACAGCUGCACCAAGGCUCAUUCCAAAGAGGAGCUGCAGGAGUGGAUCCAGAGGGUGAAGGUUUCUGUGAAGAAAAAGAAGCAAGCCCUGAAGGAUGGGCUCUUGUCCUACCAGGACCGGCUCCUUGCUGAGUAUCAGAUGUGCUCCAACGAGGUGUUAAUUAUGGCUGAGCACGUCGAGGGUGUCAAAGUUGUGUGUGAGCAGCCUCUACAUGUGCAGCUGGAGGACAGGAAGAAGAAAUACCAGUGGCAGUUCAAGGUCCACUCUAAGAUGCACCUGCAGCAUGUGGCCCUGCUGAAGCGGGACCCUGGAGUCAACUUCUACUUCUCGGGGAAUGGGCUUUCCCGGGGCCUGCAGUACAUCUGUGGGGACCACGUGGCCACCGUGUCCUCCUCGCCCCGCGUCGCGCUGGUGGAGGUCAGCAUGGAGUGCUGCAUCCUGGGCAUCUUCGAGCAGUGGGUGGUCUUUGACUUCGGCCAGCGCCCCGUCCUCAUGCAGAAGCUCAAGGUGAAGGUGGGCCGGCGGGAGAACCCCCAGCACGUCCCCAGCACCAGGGAGAGCGGCCGCCCCGUCAACUUUGUGCGCUGGGAUCGCGGUAACCGCAUCAUCGUUCCCAGCAUGCCAAGGACUGGAGAAGAUGUGGUGCUGCUGGCAAAGUACAAACCUCCUGCUCUGGCACUGGAUUACCAAAGUGAGAGUAGUGCAGUUGUUCCCAUCACCCGGCUCAACUAUCGGGAGAAGAUGCACAGCUUCCUCUUCCGUGAGGAAGAAGCUGAGCAGGCUCUGAUUGCCAAACUCAACCUGCGUGUGCUCAUCUCGCUGACCCCCAUGCUGCAGAGCCUCUCCAUGGGGGCGAAGUUUGCUCUCUCUGGGGAGCUGUUUGCUGAAGUGCCUACCCCUUACAACCUCUCACCAGACACGGAUGAGGGGUACCUGCUGAGCAGGUCUGUGCCCACUGCCUUCCUGGCGCUUGACCCACCUGUGAACAAUCGGGUUUAUGAAGUGUUUGUGGAACAUAAAGCCACCACAGAGAAGACCAUCUGGCUACAGAUACCAAGCAGAUGCUGCUCAGAGCUGAACUUCAAGGCAGACACCUCCCACAAGGUGGAGAUCCAGUUCCAAAUAGACCAGCUGCUGUUCCGGCAGUGGCACCAGGCUGUCGACCGCCUGUUGGAUGAGAAGCUGGUCCUGCCAGAUGUUGCCAGUUGCUCCAUCCCCUACUCUCUUGGGUCCCCGCAGAGAGGGAACAGCAAGCAGAAACAAGCCAUCUCCUUCAUCAUGGGCCAGCCGACCACCAGCCGGCAGGUCCCACCUCUGCUCAUCUAUGGGCCUUUCGGCACAGGGAAGACAUUCACCUUGGCCAUGGCCACCUUGGAGAUCCUCAGGCAACCCAACACACGCGUGCUGAUCUGCACUCACACAAACAGCGCUGCCGACAUUUACAUCCGGGAGUAUUUUCACAGCUAUGUGACCACAGGCCAUCCCUGGGCUGUUCCCCUGCGGAUCAUGUACACCGACCGGCCCAUCAGCACGAUGGACCCCAUCACCCAGAUGUACUGCUGCCUCUCGCCAGACCAGCGCUCCUUCCGCCGCCCCACACAGGCUGAGAUCGACAAGCACCGCAUCAUCAUCACCACCUCCAUGCUCUCCAAGGACCUGAAGGUGCCCCCUGGCUACUUCACCCACAUCAUGAUUGACGAGGCCGCGCAGAUGCUGGAGUGCGAAGCUUUGGUUCCGCUCUCCUACGCCACUUUUGAGACCCGCAUUGUCCUGGCUGGGGACCACAUGCAGAUAACCCCAAAGCUGUUCUGUGUUGGGGGUGGGCAAUCUGCUGAUCACACCCUCUUGAACCGCCUCUUUCAGUUCUACCAGAAGGAGAGGCAUGAGGUGGCCACGAAGAGCAGGAUCAUCUUCAAUGAGAAUUACCGUUCCACUGCCGGCAUCAUUGAGUUCAUCUCCAAGCACUUCUACAUCGGCAAUGGCAAUGCUAUCCAAGCCAGUGGGAACAUCCCACCCCACCCUGAAAUUUAUCCCCUCGUGUUCUGCCAUGUGUCUGGUGUGGCUGAAAGGGAUAUCUCCAUGAUUUCUUGGCAAAACAUCUCUGAGAUAAUACAAGUGGUUGAGAAAGUGAAGGAGAUCUAUCAGAGGUGGCCAGAUGAGUGGGGUGUCCGGGAUCUGAAGAAGAUCUGUGUGGUCUCCCAUGGGACACAGGUUUCUGCAACAAGACAAGAGCUGAGAAAAAAGCAGCUACAAGAUGUGGUGGUGGAAAACUAUGAAAAUUUGCCAGGGCGUGAGUUUCGGGUCAUCAUCAUCAGCACGGUCCACACCAGCGAGAGCCUGCGCGUCUCAGCCUCCCACCACCUGGAGUUCUUCAACGAGGCCAGAGUGCUCAACACCAUCAUGACCCGGGCUCAGUCACUGGUGGUUGUUGUGGGGGACGCCGUGGCCUUGUGCUCCCAUGGCCAGUGCAGCAAGGUGUGGAAACGGUUCAUCCAGCAGUGCAUCGACAAGGGGAGCAUCUUCCCGGAGAGCCUGACAAUGGCACAUAUCAAACAGGCUGCGUUUGACAAGGAGAGCUGGAGCAGGAGCGUGGAGGGGGACGAGGAGGACAGCGACACAGACUCCUCGAGCUCUGAGGGUGAGAGCAUGAAUGCUGAUGAUCCCAUCCUCCGGGAGCUCUUAGAUGAGAGCAAGAACAUGCUGGUGACAGUGUCUGACGAAGGGCUGCUGAAUGUGAAGGCCGAGGCUUCAAACCAGUGGAAAGACAAGUGGGAGUAUGUCAGCUUCUCUUCUCAGAUGAUGCAACAGUACCAGCAUAUGCACCCCCAAAUGUACAAGAGGUGUGAGCUGAUCAAAGAGGGGUUCGACAGAGCUUCUGCCUUCACCCUCAAUGACUCCCCUGCCAUGAACAUCCAGAUCAAAGGCAGAGUUAACUGUGGGACAGCCUUCACUGGGGAUGAGGUGCUGGUGGAAAUCCUGCAGAACAGCACGGGUGACAGCAGCAGCCACCGCCCACAGGGGAGGGUGGUGGGCAUCCUGAAGCGCGCCGAGAGAGAACCGACCUUCGUCUGCAUGAUGGAUGAGUUUGAUCCCCGUGUGAUGAUACCCAUCGAUCCCACUGUCACCAAAAUAUUCGUCCCAGGGCUGAAGGAGAAACCCAAUGUCAUCCCCAUCCGCAGGUUGGUCAAUGGGCAGUACAGAGUGGUCAGAUGUGAGAAGAUCAACCAGGAGACAAGGAGGUGCCAGUUCUUCUGUGUCCAGGUCAUCUCCUGGAGGGAAGGGUUUUACUACCCUUUGGGGAUAAUAACGGAGAUCCUGCAGGCAGCAGUGACUUUGGAAGAAGGCUUAAAGAUCCUCGCCUUGGAGUAUGGUUUGGAGAAGAAAUACCCAGCUGCUGUCACCAAAGAGUUAGCCAAAUACACCUCCAACAGCAACAUAAACCUCACCAAGGAAGCUCGGAAGGACUGUCGGAAUUACAUGACCUUCACAAUUGACCCCCAAGGUGCCAGGGAUUUGGAUGAUGCCAUCAGCGUUAGGGAUCUUGGGCGUCACUAUGAAAUUGGGAUCCACAUUGCAGAUGUUGCUGGCAUAAUUCCCAAAGGCAGUGCCUUGGACCUGGAAGCAAAGAAGCGCGGUGUCACCUUCUAUGCUCCCAAGCAGGACCCUUUGUGCAUGUUCCCACCCAAAAUCAGCCAAGAUGUCUGCAGCCUCCUGCCGCAGAAAGACCGACGGGUGAUCUCCUUGUUUGUCACCGUAGAGAAGGAGACUGAUCAGAUGUUAAAGGGAAUCUUCACCAUCUCUGUGAUCCGCUCGGACAGGCAGCUGUCCUACGAAGAGGCAGAGCUCUGCAUUAAGAACUACAGGGGAGCAGCAAAGGCCCUUCGUUUUGAUACCCUGGAGGAUUGCAUCACUGUGGCUUAUCACUUCUCCAGGAUCCAUCGGAAGUCUCGGCUACAGGAGGACUGUUUCUAUGACCGGCUGGAUGAGGAAAGUUCCCCAGGUAACAGGGGGUCCCAUCAAAUGAUAGAGGAGUUAAUGAUCAUGUUCAAUAGUUUCGUGGCAGAGUUCCUCACCAACCAGGAGGUGACCAGAAAUGUCACUCCUCUCCGGUGUCAGUGUGAGCCAAGUCUUGCACAGCUGUCACACAUGAAAAACAAGUACAGCCACAUCAUUCCUUUGUCCAUUCAUCUCUUGCAUCACCUUGGAGAAAUGCCUCCUGCUCAAGACUCCCCUAAAAAUGUGGAGUUCAGUCUUCUGGGCCCCAUCUGGGAGCACCUGCAGUCAGCUGCUAAUGCCCAUGACUUCCAGAAGAUGCUCGACCUCGUUGUCACUGAUGACAUCCACCCAAAGCUGGCCCCCGUGGUCCUGGAGUUCAGGAGACUGCUCAGCCGCUCCUACUUCUGUCGCUCCAACUCCACUGUGCAGUCGAAGGCAGGCCAUUACUCCCUGCACGUUGACUCCUACACCUGGGCCUCCUCUCCCAUCCGCCGGUACGUGGACGUCGUGGUGCAGCGGCACCUUCACUCUGUGCUCUGCAAGAAGCCCCUCAUCUAUUCUGUGGACGACAUUGAGUUUCUGUGUCAUGACUUCAACAGGAAGAAUAGCCAGGCGAUGACAUAUGAGAAGAGAGCCCACUCCCUGCAGAUGGCCAGCCAGCUGAAGGACCAAGUCCUGCAGAAAAUUGCCUUUGUGGUGGAUAUCGAAGAGAUGAGUAGGUUUUUUAAAGCCCUGUUUCCCCUGAACAAUGAGAGUCUUCCAGAUCCACAGAGAAUUAGCUACAGGUCCCUUCAGCUGGUAGAGCAGCCUGUGUUCAUCCAGCAGCGGAGCAGCAUCAGGCUGACCUGGAAGAGGAGGAUGUACUCUGCAGAGACAAAGGAGCAGAGCUUGCGGGAAGGACCCCUCUGUGACAAGAGUGUCACCCUCUUCCGCACCCAGACGUGGCAGGAGGUGCUGACGGCCAUCAGGAACGAGGAGUUUGACAGGGCCGCGUCCCUCCUGCAGCAGAGCAAGGAGCUGUACCACCGGCACAUAGGCUGGGUGCGGAAGAGCUCCUGCUCCCACUACAUGGAGUUGUCCCUGGAGCUGAGCGCCGGUGACGCGCUGUGGUUCCAGCUCUCCACCGACGUCAGCCGCGGCUUCCUGGUGCCCUUUGUGCAGCUGUGGUGUGUGACACCAGGCUUUGAGGUCUGCCUGCAGCACAUGGAGAAGCCAAUCGACUGCUUCUCAGCCUACGCCACGCUGCAGUCCAAGGACAAAUACAAGAGCACGACGGAGUACAACAAGGUGUGGAUGCCCAUGAGUGCCAUGGAGUCUGCGUCGUGUGCCGUGGCCGAGAAUGACUCAAUUGUCCUCCAUGAUAUUAAAAUAAAGUGGGCAAAGCAAAGGACAAGCAAAGGACAGCUGCAAGGGAGCUUUGUGCUGAACAAGAAGUGGUUGGAGGACUGCUCCAUUGAAGUGGACUUCUCCCACUGUUACCUGUGCAUUCGUUUAGGUGGGCUGAAGCUUCCCAAGAGCCCUCAGAGCGAUGAGGAAUGCCUCAGCCAUGGCCUCCAGAACCUGUCUUUGCUUGAUAAUGGCAAAUCAGAGAACAAACUUGUGGUUGAUCCCAAUACAUACACCUGGGUGGCUCACGGGGUCACAGAGGAGUUCAACGAUGAUGAUAAGUCAGACAGGUCUGGUCAUCAGACUAUGAAUUUUUACAUCCACUAUAUGUCUAUGGUGACCAUCCCUGUGGAGAUCUCACAGGAUUCUGCGAGGUUCACGGUGGAGCUCGUUCCAAAAAUGCUGCCAGACAUACGGAAAGAAAAAGCACUUUGGAAGCUCAAGUAUGCCUCUGACCUUGCUAUAAGCAUCGCCCUUGGCCACGAACCUCCUCAGAAACGGACAACAUCCAAAAUCCUGCAGCAAAAAUCCUUUGAUAUCCCUGGCAGCAACUGGAAACUUAACAAGAGUCAGAACCAGGCUGUUCUGGAUGCUCUAAAAAAAUCCUUCAUGCUCAUCCAAGGCCCACCAGGCACAGGGAAGACCGUUGUUGGAACUCACAUUGUCUACUGGUUCCAUAAACUGAAUGAGGAGAGUGUUGAGAAGGACAAAACAUCAUGCUUGGAAGAUGAAAAGGACAAGAAGAGAAAGUGCAUCUUGUACUGUGGCCCAUCCAACAAGUCUGUUGAUGUUGUUGCUGAGAUGCUGCUGAAGAUGAAGAAGCUGAAACCACUGAGGGUUUAUGGGGAGGCCAUUGAGACGAUGGAAUUCCCAUACCCGGGGAGCAACCGGAACAUCUCCCGUAAAUCCCUACGGGAUGCAAAGCCAAAACGUGAGCUCAGUGAAAUAAUCCUGCAUCAUCGCAUCCGGAGGGCACCCAGCCCCUUCUGGCAGAGGAUCCGUCACUUUGACGCUCGAGUGAAGAACGGAGAGGAGAUCACAGAAGAAGAAACAAAGGAGUACAAAGGUUGGUUGACACAAGGUCGUUUGUAUCAGCUGGCGUGUCACGAUGUCAUCCUGUGCACCUGCUCUGUCUCAUCUGCCAGUGCCCUGGAGCACCUCAAUGUCAAGCAGAUAAUCAUUGAUGAGUGUGCCAUGUCCACAGAGCCUGAGACCCUCAUCCCCUUGGUCUGCCACCGCCGUGCUGAGAAGGUUGUUUUGCUGGGGGAUCACAAACAGCUGAGGCCGGUGGUUAACAAUGAUGUCUGCAAGACCCUUGGCAUGGAGACGUCUCUCUUUGAGCGCUACCAGGAGCAGGCGUGGAUGCUGGACACGCAGUACCGCAUGCACAAGAGCAUUUGUGAGUUCCCAUCCCAGGAGUUCUAUGAGAAGCGGCUGAGAACAUGUCCCCAGCUUACUCGGAAAGCCAGCGUGCUCCACCACAGAGAUAACAACUGCUGCCCUGUCAUCUUUGGGCACGUGGAAGGGAAGGAGCACUCCCUCAUGAUUUCCACUGAGGAAGGAAACGAGAACUCCAAAGCUAACCUGGAGGAAGUGGCACAGGCGGUGAGGAUAGCCAAGCAGCUGACGCUAGAUGGCACCAUCCGGCCGGACCACAUCGCCAUCCUGAGCCCCUACAGCGCCCAGGUGUCCGAGAUCAACAAGAGCCUGCAGAGGGAGGGCAUCCGCGGGGUGACUGUCUGCACCAUCAUGAAGAGUCAAGGAAGUGAAUGGAAAUAUGUGAUCCUGUCAACUGUACGCUCCUGCCCCCGGUCUGAGAUCGAUAGGAAGCCCACAAAGAGCUGGCAGAAGAAAUACCUGGGGUUUAUUACCGACCCAAACCAGGUCAAUGUUGGCAUCACACGAGCUCAGGAAGGACUCUGCAUCAUAGGAAACCGGUACCUCCUGGAGUGCAACCCUUUGUGGAAGAGACUGGUCCAGCAUUACUACCACCACAACAGCUGCACUGCAGCCCAGGAGAUCCGUGUCAGGAGAACCCCAGCCCUCUCGCGGUGAGGAUGGGCCCUCUCUGCCUGAACUGCAUUAUGUGUGCCUUGGGAAGGACCAAAUCUUUCCAAUAUUCAAUGACCCAUGGAGCCAAACACAGCAGGGGAUCUGGGAGCUUCCUGUGACAGCUCAGCUUCAGCGUCUGCUUCAGCAUCUUGAGGUGUUUUUAAUCAGUGCAAUCCUGGGCAGGAACUUUAAAUUCUAGCAAACCAAAAAAGCAUUGGAAAUAGAUGACGGGCAUGUGACUUUACUGAUGAUGAUACUAUUUUUGUAACUAAGCUGCUCAGCAGAACCCUCAUCCUACUGCAGCUGCAGUUUGGGGGGACUGAAUAUUUACUCCAGCUGUCAGGGUUGCACUUUGGGGAUCAAAUGCUCAGUCUGUUCAUCGGGGGAACGACUGCAAGCAGCGAAGCAGCGCAGCAAGAUGCUGUUAGCCAUGGAGGACCAAAGCUUCUGAGUACUGCCUCUCCUUUUAAAUCCAAGGACAGGAGAUUUUUAAGACUUUUCACUUUUUACUCCUUUUUUUUUUUUUAA